UACCUUCCAUAUGUACUGUGGUUUGCUUUUGUCAAUGUCACUGUCAAAUAUUUGGGACUUGGAAAAUCCAUCGAUUUUCACCACUUUCACGUAAUAAUUGUUCUGAGUAAUAUUAUCCUGUCGAAUAACCAGAGUAUCUGUUGCGUGUAAUAAAUAAUGGGCAACAAGGGUGUUAUUCCGUUUAUCAAGGACUUCUAUUACGAUCCCUUCAAAUGGUCAGUGGUGAAGAGCAUCGGAUUUUUCGCAGUCGGCGUGGUCGUCGCGAGCGAGUGCACGGGCCUAGAACUCAUGCCCGCGGUCCCGAAUUAAAAAAAAAAACAAACCAUAGACUUUUAUGUUAAGUUUAAGUAGUACACCAAGAUGUUAAUUUUGAAUUCUCUUUUGUUUUUUCUUCUCGCCGGCGGGAUUUUGUGUGAUAAACCGAACUUUGUGAUUAUAUUGACAGAUGAUCAGGAUGUCACGAUGGGUGGUAUGACUCCGAUGAAACAUGUCCGGCGGCUUAUUGGUGAGGAAGGCAUGACGUUUGCUAACACGUUCGUGUCAUCUCCAAUUUGCUGCCCAAGCCGAGCGAGUUUCCUCACCGGCCUUCACGUCCACAAUCACGGAACAAGGAACAACACAGUCCGGGGCGGAUGCUACGGACCUCAGUGGAAGAAACUUGAGACGAACACAUUCGCCACUGCUCUGAAAGAUGCCGGAUAUAACACUUUCUACGCUGGAAAGUAUCUUAAUGAGUAUGGUAAAACAGACAGAGGAGUAACUGUGCCGCCCGGAUGGACGGAGUGGCACGGACUAGUGGGAAACUCCGUAUAUUAUAACUAUACGCUGUCUAACAACGGCGUGCCAACUCAUUCUGACGACCUUUACCUAACGGAUAUUAUCAGAGACAUAAGCGUGAACUACUUAGAAAAGCAGACGGACCCGUUUCUAAUGGUCUUGGCGCCACCGGCUCCGCAUCAGCCGUUCACGCCCGCGCCACGCCACCGGGACGCCUUCAGGGACGUCACAGCGCCCAGGACGCCGAUCUUCAAUGUAGAGGCAAAGGACAAACACUGGCUAAUGACAAUGCCGCCAUCCCCUCUUCCCGAGUCAAUGCUCCCUGAAUUAGACCGAGCAUACCGUUCUCGCUGGGAGGCCCUUCUAGCUGUGGAUGAAAUGGUAGCUGACGUCAUGGCUACCUUGAAGAAGGGCGAAAAGGACAACACUUAUGUUAUAUAUACAUCUGACAACGGGUAUCAUGUUGGACAAUUUUCCCAAGUAUACGACAAACGCCAGCCCUACGAGUCGGAUAUUAGGGUGCCUCUCCUAAUAAAAGGGCCCGCUAUCAAGCCAAACGCGACCAGCCUACAACCAGUGAUGAACAUUGACUUGGCGCCCACCAUCUUGAAACUGGCCGGUUUGGACGUUCCUGACACAAUGGAUGGAAGAGCUAUUGAUGUUUUAGACGAAACCCCAGUUGAAGAGCGGACCAUGUUAGUGGAAUAUUUCGGACAAGGCCAAGACGGGGCAGUGGACUCGAAAUGCCCGUGGAAAUAUGACAGCGAAUAUUUAGAUGAAUGCCGUCCAUUGUACGACUGCAAAUGCCAGGACUCGAGAAACAACACCUACUCGUGUUUAAGGCGCAUCGGAAAACAUAUCAACGACAAAUAUUGCGAAUUCAGAGACGCGAAGGAUUUCAUCGAAAUCUACGAUUUGGACGCCGAUCCGUACGAGCUGAGUAAUCUGAAGAACGAAACUAUGGGCGCCUUCAUAGCGUGGUACCAUCACGUACUGAACGCUAUGGUGGCAUGCAAGGGCUCUGACUGUGACCCAACAUUUAUAGAAAAAUGAAUAUACAUAUGUAAAGUCCAAUAACGGUUGGUCUAUUGAACUACAUAAAACAUUACACUCCAACACACAUGUUUCAUGAGCAGUGAUGGGAGUAAAACUAACAAAACUUAUCAAGCGGACGUAAAGAGUGCUUAUACCCUUAAACAUAUUCGAAUAUCUAUGAAUGUAGAUAUUUUUAUGGCUGUAAGUACUAUACUAUUCCUAUCCCUAUGGACAUGAAUAUUUUUAGGGCUGUAUGCACUAUUUUAUGUCCGCUUAACAAGUUUUGUUAAAGUUUUACUCCCAUAGUUCCGAUCACUGUUCAUGAGUUAUGAGAUAGAUUAGAUUAGUUAGGUUAGUAUCAUUUUAAUUUUACCAUUUUAUCACAUAGAUUUGUUAAAGAGUCAACUAGUCUCGGGUCAUAUCUUAAAUUAACUGAUGUAUUUUCUGUUAUUAUUAUUACAUUAAAUAAACAAACAAAUAGA